GCCGCGGGGGCGGUCGGGCCAUGCGGGGCCGGCGGUGAGGCGGCAGGCGCUCCAUGGCCCGCGGGUCGGCGUGAGGCGCGGCGCGGGCCAUGGCGGGCGUGAGCUACUCGCCGCCCUGGUGGGUGAGCCUCCUGCACCGCCUGCCGCACCUCAGCCUGCGCUGGGAGCUCACCGCCGCCGACUUCCGACCGCACGACGCCGAGUACCAGCAGGCCCUGUUGCUGUUGGGUGGUGUUGCUCUCUCCUGCCUGGCUCUGGACCUGCUCUUCCUCCUGUUCUACUCCUUCUGGCUGUGCUGCCGCCAUCGGAAGAGCGAGGAGCAUCUGAACGCUGACUGCUGCUGCACGGCCUGGUGCGUCAUCAUCGCAACCCUCGUGUGCAGUGCCGGGAUUGCUGUGGGAUUCUAUGGGAAUGGGGAGACCAGUGACGGCAUCCACCGGCUGACGUACUCGCUGCGCCAUGCGAACCGCACCGUGGCCGGUGUCCAGGACCGGGUGCUGGAUACUGCAGUGGCCCUGAACCAAACAGUGGAACCCAACUUACUGGUGCUAGAGGAGAUGUUCACGAAGCAGACAGACUACCUGCAUGUUGUCCAGAAAGUGCAAAGUCUCUUGGAUGAUCUGGUCAGGCAAACAACUGAGAUCCCCUUUUGGAAGAAUGAAGAGGUGUCUCUGGAGGAGCUGGCGAUUCAGAUUGACCUCUAUGACUGGUACAGGUGGCUGGGAUACCUGGGCCUGCUCCUGUUUCAUGUCCUGAUAUGUUUGCUGGUGCUCUUUGGGCUCAUUAGAAACUCCAGGGCCAUUCUUAUGGGGGUGUGCUUGCUUGGGGUGUUUGCCCUGAUUGUCAGCUGGGGAUCCCUGGGCCUGGAGCUGGCUGUCGCUGUGGGCUCCAGUGACUUCUGUAUCAACCCUGAUGCUUAUAUCUCCAAAGUGGUUGAAGAGAAUGCAGUGCUCAGUCCUGAUAUUCUGCGCUAUUACAUGACCUGUAGUGCUGGAUACCCCAACCCUUUCCAGCAGAAGCUGUCAGGAAGUCACAAGGCUCUGGUAGAAAUGCAGGAUGAUGUUAUGGAACUCCUGAGGUCAGCGACCAGAGAGUACCCCAACUCCAAGGAGUAUCUUACUCGGAUCCAGGAGGUUUUGAAUUCAACAGAGAUCAACUUGCAGCAGCUGACAGCUCUAGUGGACUGUCGGAGUCUGCAUUUGGAUUAUGUCCAGGCUUUGACGGGCUUCUGCUAUGAUGGAGUGGAAGGCCUCAUCUACCUGGUUCUCUUCUCCUUUGUCACAGCCCUCAUGUUCAGUUCCAUUGUCUGCAGCGUCCCACACACUUGGCAGAAUAAGAGAGGCUCAGAUGAUGAUGGGGAAGAAGAAUCAGCUGCUCAAGGGAGUAGACAGACACACGAUAAUCUGUACAGAGUGCACAUGCCCAGCCUCUAUAGCUGUGGGAGUAGUUAUGGCAGUGAGACCAGCAUUCCAGCAGCAGCACACACAGUCAGCAAUGCUCCCGUCACGGAGUACAUGAGCCAGAAUGCAAAUUUCCAGAACCCCCGUUGCGAGAAUACCCCGCUCAUUGGCCGGGAGUCCCCACCUCCCUCAUUGUAUUUGGCUGCCAUGGACAGUAGCAGCCAUAUGAGCUGGCAGCUUAAGCCCUCGGACAGUGCACGGACAUACUGGUAACAGCGCCCGCAAAUGGAACAGUACACCUCCAGCAUGAGAGCCAAAUACCUCGCCACCAACCAACCUCGUCCAGAUGCUGGCAGUGUGCAUUAAAAUGAAAAAGCAAAAAAACAAAACAGAACAAAACCCACACGUGCAGUCAGACUAAACAAUGUGCCAACUGCUGUGCCCCUGUGCUGUCCUCGUAGAACAAUCCUGCUGUUCUGCCCAAAAUCCAGUGCAGCUCCUUCUGUUUCUCCAGUCCAGACCACCCCUCCAACCUGGUACCUGCCCACUGGAGUUGGAAGCUCCUUUUGAAAUUAAACCUUCACCUUGUUGUACCUGAUGUGAAAGAGGAAAUAUGUGCAGGCAAGCAACUGAGAGCACCUGGGCAGGAAACUGGGUCCACCAGCCCGUGGGCCAGCUGACUAGAGCAGCCUGUCAGAAAAAGUUGGUGAAUACCUUCUGCCCCCUUUUUCCCCCCCUUCUGUUCCCAGAGGGACUUGGUGAAAGAUGGUGGUAGAUCUCCUUCACUUCUGCAGUGGGAUCAGCAGUCUGUCAAACCCUGAAGAAGCAGAGGCUCGGUGCCUGGGACCAGUGUACAACAAGGGAAUGCUGAGUCAGUGGGACCCAGCAUCCCACAGCAUCUCAGUGGGAGUCCUGGUCCACUGCCCUGUGGGAGGGAGGAGGGAAACUCCUGCCUCAUGGUGUCACUGCAUAUCCACUGGAAUUUGCUCUUCCAGAGCAAACCAUUUCACUACCCUGGUUAACUCUUCUUUUUUUAAGUCCAUUAAGAAAAUGCCUUUGUCUUUGCCACUAUAUCUAUCAUGUGAAUUCUUGAGGAGGAGCAGGGGGCCCAGCACCAGUCAGCUACCCUGUCCAUUGCUCUGAACCUGACCUCUCUGCUCCAUCAGGGAAGCUCAGGUACUUGCAGAUGGCAUUCUGGGUGCUGCCUUUACGAGGCUGACACGCAGAUCAAACAGGAGCCAGCCACUCGGUGCCAAAUUUUUCCAGGCAGAGACUCAUAAGACUUUAUGGGGGACAUUUCUGCACUAAAGAGUUUCGACUCUCUGAUGGUAAAUCUUACAGGACAGUCAGCUUGGAAAAGCAAGAGGAACUGGAAGCACCAACGGAUUCAUAGCAAAUGGAAGCUUUCCCCGCAGGAGUGACCUGUGAACUCUGCUGGACUUUUCCUUUUUUAUAAAUCAUAAUUUACAGCACAGGGUUGCUGAACUGGCAUUGAAGGAGGUUUUUGGAGCCUCAGUCCUAACAAACUCACAAGAUCAUCGGUGUAUCUUCUGUGUUUUAGAUCAGAAACCCAGUUGACGUCUGGAGAACAUUGUGACUGUCAGAACAGGUUUAUAUUUUAUUCUGGUUUAUUUUGUUUAGUUUUUCAAGGCACAUUGCUAACCACUAUCUGACCAUACUAAUGCACAUGUAAGGCAUUUUCUAGACACGAGGCAGAACAAGGCUUGCAAAGGGGCAGCUGGGUGCCUGCAGAGGGCAACAUCCUUCAUUGGUGCUGUACUUCCCACUGAAGAGCAGUGCUCCAAAGGGCACUGACAGCUUCCUGCUGGAAGAGGAGACUGCCUCUUGGGAGGUACUGUCGAGUACUGCCCUUUCAGUAGGGUAACUAUGAUGUUCUUUUUUGUCUUUUUACCUCUUAGUAGGGGCAUCUUAGCGUAGCUGCUGGGCAUUAUAUUAAAUAACUGGCAGAGAAAAUAAAAUGGGAAACAUCUCUCAAACUGGAGUUGAGCCAUUGGCAGAGGCAGUUAGUUUUCACCUCAGUGAUGUUCAGACUGGCUGUCUGUUUACCCCAUGUUUGCUGUUUGGGGCACAGAAUCUACCAAUCUGCCUUUACUCAAGUCAGUUGCCUUCUUGCAGUGAGGUAGGAAUUGCUCCUAGCAGGCAGCUAACUAGGCUGAUGGUAUCUGCUGUGAAAUGGUACCAGCUCUGUGGCAGAGCAAGCUCUGAGACUCUUCUUAAGAUAGAAACCACUAAUUAACUGCAAAAGCUGUAGGCCAGCUGUUACCAUGCAAAGGAGUGAGGGAGACAGGGAGGAGGCACCACCAUGCAGACAGGAAGAGAAGGUUUUUGGAGAAAACUUCACACUUCACCAUAAAUCUCUGGAAGCAGGAUUUUCUUGCUCAGGACCGAGUAUGCCCUUUCAGACACACUGGAUGGGCUUCACACUGAAACAUACCUCUGUUUUAUCAAAUAACAAGGGCAGGGAAAUGUGUAGUCACAGGUGGUAUGGAGGGGCACUGUGGCUCAUGAGCACCAGGUUUUCCACCCUGUCUUAGAGCCUACCAGGAGACCCGGGUGUGCGUGUGUGGUUUGGUGAGCUUGCAGCCCCAACCACCCAACUGCUAUCUGAAGGGAACCCAACCUUUCCCUCACUUUGAAAAAAAGAAGUAAGAGCCAUAUAAUCCUUAUUAAAAGUGAGUUGUUCUGCCAUCAUCCUCCUUGCAAGGAUGUGCUCCGAUCGCUGCUCACACUGUCAGUUUUAGGGGAGCUGCCUCGCAAUCUGUGGCCUGGUCCUACUCAUUUGAGGGCAAGUGUUUUGAAGGCUGGAGGGUGUGGGGAACCCUGUGAAAACAAGUGCUUCUGUAUACUGACUUCUCUGUGUACAGAAUGCACCCUGAACAUGUGUGUGGCUGCACUUGGGGUUGGGUCUGACUUGUCACAGUGGCACUGGCUGUGCCAGGCGAUAACGGGGAGCGAGCCAAUGCCUUUUGGAUCGCAGAACAGAGCAGCCACCUUGACCUGCUUCCUUCCAAGGUUUGGCACAACACCCAGAACAACUUCUGACAGUGUUUGGGGCUUGCAGCAAGGCACAGCUGUGGAGACAUGUGCUCUGUGACUUCAACAUGUAACUGGAAAGAACGUUGCGGAGAUGAGGUUUUCUCUCUGGAGGCCAGCACGAUGGGACUGCGGUGUGAGCUGUGUACCUGUGUCCAGCCAGCACUUCCUUUACUUGACAUGGAUAUUGCACUUUUGUAAAGCAUCCUGGAACUCUGCUGCCCCGCUGCAUGCUGUGCAGAGCGCUGGAUAGGAAACACAGACAAAUGCGUUUCUUUUGGUUUAUUAUUAUUGUUAUUACUACUACUUUUUCUUUUUUUUUUUUUUUUUUCCCCUUUUUUCAUUUUACUGGAACCUUGAGCAACAGCGUGGCAUUUCUGCAGGCUGGUCUGAACGGAUCUGCUGAAGAACAGAUGGCCUUUGCCUAUUCUUAUGGCUGCGACAUAAUCAGUCUCAUCCAUAUGGUCACAUUCUGUCUGAGGAGUGGACUUUGAAAAGCCAAGAUCUCCCAGACUCUGUGCCUCCCUCUCGGGUGAACAGCAGGUGCUAUCUGGCGAAGACUCAUCUGUUCUGGAUGGCAUUCAUGGUUGAGGGAGUCCAGACUCUUCAAGCUGCAGGAGGUAAAGCUGUGGAGACUUCUCUCUCUUUCCAUCGUGUCUCUCUGUUGUUAAUGUGACAAAAUGCCAAGGCCAUAUCACUUGGUGUGUCCCAGCUGACCUUACUGGACAUUUCUCAUGGGACUGGUUGCGAGCAAAAGGGUCCAGAAGUCAGGGGAGCUGAGAUUGGCCUCUGGACACCUCUCUGACUGCAGAACGGAAGGUGGAGGGUGACUGCAUCGGUGAAGACACUUCAUGUUACUUUUUCAGAAGCACAAAUGUGGUCAUUGGCUUGUCUGGUUGGCUUGGUUUAUUUCCACUGCAUCAUCAUGUGUGAAUGACACUUUCUUUUGGAACUGAGAACUCUUCCAAGCACACAAACAUCUCCACAAUGUGAAAUGUAAAUAGCAUGUUGGACUCUUGUGUCCAGUGUUCAAGACUGCAUUGUAAUUGUAAAGGAAAUCAAAUCAAGACUUGGCUGUGAAUUUCUUGUGCUGUCUUGGGAAUUAUAACUGUAGUGUUUGUAUCCUGUAUGUAUUAUUAAAUUGAGUUCAUUUUGUGUGCUGAUAAAAGGGUUCAAGCUAAGAUUUUUAGCGUGCAUCCGUGUAUCCAAAUGUGAAGGAUGGAGUGCUCCCUUCCCCUCCUGUCCUUUUAAUUUUCUCCAUUUGAUAGGUGUUGAUUUUCCGUGUACAGUCAUCUCAGCCAAGAUGCAAGGGAUGUUCAUUUGAGUGCUUUGAGGGGGACACAGUGCGUGGGGUUUCAAGUGAUCCUAACUUAGGAUUUCCAUAGCAGUUCCCUGAAACUACGUGAAAAGUUUGGCCUUUCUGAGAGUUGAACCCUUCCUCAGGGAGCUCUGGAGAGCUUUUGGUGCUGCAGGGUGGCAGCAGGCAGGAGUGGGUGGGUGCCCGUCAGAGCAAGGUCCAGGUACCUGCGUGAAUAAACCCAGGCUUUGCUUCUGGUGCCACCUUCUCUUCCUUCCAGCAGCAGCUGAAAUGCCAUGCUGAACCCUUUGAAGAAGAGAGAGGUGUCUUGGCUUGUUGAUGCUCACCACCCCACCUGAUUCAGGAGGAGAUGAGGCGGAUGGGUUUUCCUUUAGCUCAGAAGAGGAGCUGUCUUUGAAGUACUUCCUACCUGGGGACCGAGGAGAAGCCAGGGUCUUCCCCAGCUCAACAAGUCUGUUGGUGUAACAGUGAACAUCUCUGGGUGGGAGGGGAAAAGCCCUCCAGGGAGAUACCAAGGAGUAGAGCUAAUGCCUUGAGAAAGAGGCCUGACAAGACUCAAUCUGUACCUCCUUUCAUCAGCCUACUCCCGUUUUCCAGAAAUUAUUUGUGUGCAUGCUAAGGGUGGCUUCCCUAGUCAUUCCAGGAGGACGAACAGAAGCGUGGGAUGCUUUGGUAGCAGUUCCUAGAUGGCUGACAAGUGAUUUGUGCUUUCAGGGGGGUGUGGGAUCUCCUGCCAAGCCGUGAUGGUGAGCGUGUUGCCCAGCUGGGAGAGAAGGGAUGGGUUAGUGGUGGCCUGGAGCUCCCGGGUGCUCACCCAGCCCCUGUGGCUGCAUGAACAAAGUGGAACAUAAAUUGACAUACAACCAGAAAGUUCAAAAUACUCCUUUCCUAACGAGGAUAACUGUAGCAUGAAGCUCUUAGGUGCUCUGCAUAUUUGAUACCACAUUGCUCCUCACUAUGCAAUUCCCAACUCCUUCCUUCCCGUUCCUCCUCUAAUCUCACCCCAAGACUGCUCCAGUGGCCUCUGCCCAGGAGGCUGCUGAAUUCCCAGGAAAGCUUCAUUCCUUUCGUUGUGCUCUGCUUUGGGUCCAGCUGCCCAGCCGUCACGUCGUGUGCCUCAGGUCCCUUGGUAACGGGAGGCUCCAUGACCUUUAUUCACAUCAUUCAGAGGGAAGUUUAUUUUCUUGGACACUGUGCACAGAAACCUAAUGGUGAACAUGUACCUGGCCUUUUUGUAACUUCUCUGGUUUUUUUUUUCUUUCUUUUUUUUUUUUCUCUUCUUAACCAUAAUGGUUGUAUAUCAUACCACUUUAUAUACAUAUAUAAUAUAUAAAUAUAUAUAAUUUUUUUUUUUAAAACUUUGGACCUGCUAGUUUCUUUCAAGUGUUCCUGCACUUACCCAAAAUGUUUUUAAAUUGUGAGGAUUAAAGAGGAUUGAGCCCAUUUUUGUAUCUUUACUUUUAAUUCUGUAGUUCUAUUGAUUGUAACGUAGCUAUUUUUUACUGUAACUUUUUGGUUUGCAAAUACUAAACAAAAAAACCUAAAUGUAAUUUCUGUGGUUUCUAUUCAGCUUGGGUUUCAUGUUUUAAAAAUAAACGAUUUAAAACCAC